AUGUUAAACAAGGACCUAUUGCAGGAAAAUGCCUGUGCUCGCUGUAUGCUGAAAGCCUGCAUCUGCUGCUUGUGGUGCCUGAAGAAGUGUCUAACAUACCUGAAUCAAAACUCGUACACGGCCACAGCGAUCAACAGCACCAGUUUCUGUACGUCGGCGCGCGACGCCUUCGUCAUCCUGGUAGAGAAUGCCCUCAGAGUGGCCACCAUCAACACCGUGGGGGACUUUGUCCUCUUCCUGGGAAAGGUACUGAUCGUCUCCUGCACUGCGUUCGUGGGUGUAUUGUCUCUCAACUACCAGCGGGACUACACGGUGUGGGUGUUGCCCCUGCUCAUCGUCUGCCUGUUCUCCUGGCUGGUGGCCCACUGCUUCCUGUCUGUCUUUGAGAUCGUGGUGGACGUUCUAUUCCUCUGCUUCGCCGUGGACACCAAGCACAACGACGGCAGCCCCGGCCGAGAGUUCUACAUGGACAAGGCCCUAAUGGAGUUUGUGGAGAACAGUAAGAAAAUGGUGGGAAGGGAUCGGCCCGAGGCAGAUGGAGACGGUCGUGAGAUGAACCCCAUGACUCAUGAAGGAGGGACUUUUGCUUGA